AUGGGCUGGCAAAAGACGUUCACACUGGGCAGGCGUCCGAAGGGGUGCCACCUCGUGACGGAGGAGGUGCUCUCGCACAUCCGGCCUGGCCUGGAGGGCGUGAAGAUUGGCAUGCUGUACCUGUUCAUACAGCAUACGUCGGCGGCGUUAACGAUCAACGAGAACUAUGACCCCGACGUUAGACGAGACAUGGACAUGGCGCUCGACAAGAUCGUCCCCGAGUCUCUGAACUGGGUACACACAGACGAGGGUCCCGAGGUAUCGCAUACGAAGACUUCGCUCGUGGGCACGUCGAUCUGUGUACCUAUCACAGAUGGGCGGCUGAACCUGGGGACCUGGCAAGGCAUCUACCUCACCGAGUUCCGGCACGCGCCGCACCAGCGGCGAGUGGUCGCGACAAUCUUGUGA